GUAAGCGGAUUGAGUCUGUCCAGUCAGCGAAAACAUCCUAGAGACACAUUAUCAUUCAUGCACUUGUGUUUAACUGCAUAACGUUACAUUUUUCUUUUAAGCCGCGAUGUUUACCAUAUUUACAAAGAUAAAAGACCGCGUCGAGGCUUUUUUGAACGAGAAGAAUAUAGUCACUGACUUUCUCAAUAAAAUCGAAGAAAAAACAGGCAUCAAGAAACGUUAUUUAGCGCUCGGUGCUGUUGGUGUGACUGGAGCAUAUUUAUUAUUUGGAUACGGUGCAUCUCUGCUCUGUAAUCUGAUUGGUUUUGUUUACCCCGCAUAUUACUCUAUCAAAGCAAUAGAAAGUCCUGAUAAGGAGGAUGACACACAAUGGCUGACAUACUGGGUAAUCUACGGCUUCUUCAGCGUGGGUGAAUUCUUCUCUGACAUUUUUCUUCACUGGUUUCCUUUCUACUAUGUGUGUAAGUGCUUGUUCCUCUUGUGGUGCAUGGCUCCAGUCUCCUGGAAUGGUUCUCAGAUACUGUACAGGCAUAUGGUGCGGCCAUUUUUCCUGAAGCAUGAAGCCAGAGUAGAUGAGAUGGUCAACAAUAUAGGAGGGAAGGCCAUGUCAGCAGCUGAGAACGCCACGAGAGAGGUUCUUCAGACUCUAGUGAGAAACCGAACUAUCGGCCCAGCUCAGCCUGAAGCCAGAAGACUGCCCAGUUCUGCUCCUACUGAACCCACUGUUGAUUAAAUAAGUUUUCAGUGUGUAUGAGAAAUACAGGUGGCCAAAGUGAUCUGAGGAUGACACCAACAUGCAAGAGAUGCAGCAUCAGAAAACCGAAGACAUAAAAUCUGACAUCUGUAUCAUAUGUUCUCAUUGUAAAGACCUCAAUGGGUGAACCGAUGCCUGAUAUUCACACAGCCAUUGUCAGGAGUGGAGUUUUGGACUUUAUAGUUUAUUUUCACUGUUCAUAUAAAUUUGUUCAGCACUAAAACAUAGCAAAACAAAAAUGUACUUUAGGAAAUUCAACAUUGUAUUUGUUAUUUAUUUAUGGUUAGUAAUUUGUUGUAUUCAUGGCAUCUGUCAGGGAUUUUGUAAUCUUAUUAUUUGAUAGAAAUUUAAAUCUUCAAUAAAUAUUUUGUAUUCACCGUUUGAAAAGAUACUUUCCUGUAGAAUAUUUUUUUCCCCAUGUGCCACUGACAUCAUCAGCUUAAGACACAUGAGAGGCACAGUACAGUACACGAUUUGUUCACAUGGGGUAAAAUGGGGAAAGAUUCCUCCCUUAUUAACAACUAUGUGCAUUUGUUACAUUGAAGAUAGUUUCAGAUAUAAGUUUAGUUAGUGCAUGAUAAUAAAAAAAGAAAUAAUAAUAAUAAUACACCAUACGUUCAAGUUUGUCCGAACACAACAAACUCAAGAAGGAACACGAGCCAAAUUAAAAGGUCAAAAUAGCCUAUCCAUCAUGAUUAAUAUCCUCCAAUGGAUAUCAGGGAAUGUAACUUACCAAAACAAUCCCACAGCAACUCCUAAUUAAUCUAUGUUUUGGGCGAAUUUGUGGCUAUUUUUAUUUUUCCAUUAUUCCUUUCUUAGGUUUUUGUACAGUCUGCACUCCCCAAGGUUCGCGUGAUGCUUUAUGCUUACUUGUUUUCUAACAAAUUACAUCAUAAAAAGAUCAUAUGAAAUGGGCAUCUCAUAAAAUGCAUACAUUUUCUCUUGGGAUCAGGAUUUAAAUACUUUAAGUAAUGUCAACGAGGAGCAUACAGAUAACGUUUUGCCUCUGUUCAAACAAAUCUUUUGUCUUUUUUUUUGUGUGUGUGUGUGUUUUCUCACCUGGUAAUGUUAAUCUAAUUCAUAAUUUCUUUGGUAACUUCUUUUGUGUGUUGUCAUCUUGUUUCAGUAAUCUUAUCAUGUGAGUCCCAUACGGACAAUAUUAUAUUAGGAUCCUGAAGUUUUUUUGUUUUGUUUUUAAGCCCAUAUCUCAGUUACUUGCUUCAAAUUGUCUUUUUUGUGUGUGUAUUAACAGUGGAGUAAUAUGUGAUUACAUGUAUUAUUUAAUCUUGGCCAACUUCUUUGCUACUGCUAUACAUGGAUGUUUGCUUUUUAGCUAGUGUGGCACAUCUGCAUGCAUGUGCAUAAUAGCCCUGAAAGACAGCUGAGACCAGGACAACUAGAGCCCCAGAUACAGAUCCCCUGUAAAGACCUUGUC